CUGCUCGCAUUUGACAAGUCGAACAAACUGGCGCUGGCAGCAGCGCACGAGUAUCCAAGUCAGGCCAGGCCAGUCUCUCUGCCGACGACAACGUGCCAACAAGUCCCUUUCUCUCUCGUCUCCCAGUCCAGCAACUCCCCUCAGAAAAAGUUCUUGACAACCUCGUUCGUUCCUUUUAAGACUUGAUUUCAAUUUUGACAGAUAGAAAUCGAGACGGUUUGAUCGUUUAUUAUAUUCUGACGGAAGAAGAAGAAGAAAAAGUUGUUUUUCAUUGUCCAAAAAAGACGAGACAAUAAUUAAAUAAGAAAAAAGAAAAAAAAAGGAUCUUUAACCGUUUUAAAUCUGGCGGCCUCCGUGAUCACUAGUUCUGUCGUGUGUUACCGGGCUGCUCUCCACCGGCGCCGGUCGUCGACUGCCUCCAUUGCCACCGCCGCAGCGUCGGCUGCCACCGGUGGCUGCAUCAGCAACCAGACCGGGCCAGGACCCAGGGACUGGUGCAUCCUUUCGUUCAACUACCGUCGUCCCAUUAUUAUGUGUUCGUCAUCCGACGUCGUCCCGCCACCACCCACCACCACCAACCGACGCCUCAACCGACGCAGUCCCAGCCCCACCAGCAGCAGCAGCUCAUCAUCCACAGAGUCCAGGACAAUUGGCAGCAGUGGGUUGGCCGUCAAGUCGCCCAGCAACAGUCUCAAGUCGAUUGGAGGAGGACUGGACCAUAACAUUUCAUUGUCCAGCAAGAACUCGUUGGAGAGCAUCUCUGGCCAUCGUCGUCGUGUGGCUGCUGCCACCGCCAACCCCUCACCCGUUCAGAGUCUCGAAUCGCUUCAGCAAUGCGAUGACAACGACAAUUUCGUCUCAAACAGCCCAGCACGACACAGCAACAGCAGUUCCAGUUCCAGUUCCAGCUCCAAUUCCACCAGCACUCACUUUAAAUGUCGCAAAGCCUUGGGAACGCGACAGGGAGAAGUGCAAGCGAUUCGGACCAAAUAUCCAUCAAAGAUUCCAGUGAUUGUCGAGCGUUUCGAUCAGGAGCUGUCGCUGCCUCACCUGCAAAAGAGCAAAUUCCUCGUGCCGCAGGAGCUGAGCAUGUCGCAACUCAUCACAGUUGUUCGCAACCGACUGCGACUCUCUUCGACGCAGGCCAUUUUCCUGAUCGUCAACAACCGGAGCAUGGCGUCGCUCUCCAAGACUGUGCACGAAGUCUACCGCGAAUAUCACGAUCCCGAUGGAUUCCUCUACCUCUCGUAUGCGUCACAAGAGGCUUUCGGCUCCGACUCGGUGACGUGACCACAGGCGAAUAAAUAUGGAUAGUCGGCGCGCAGUUUUAAAUUUUUAAUCCUCGACGGAAUCAAGUCUCAUCGUCCUCCGCAUUCGUCACCGAUGGAUGCUCAUUGUAGUAACACUUUUUGUUUGCCAACUGGAAUGGAGUGAUUAUAAAAGGCCCUAAAUUGAGACUUUCGUCGCGUAUAGUUUUCACCACUUUUGUCUUUCUUCUAGAAUCAAAUUAAUUAGUCUCCCCCCAUCAUCUGUAACGUGUCUACUCGUAUAAUUCCGUGUUCUAAAUGUGUGUCAAAAGAUUCUCUAGCAUCUCUGUGAUUCAUGCGACGCUCUGUUCCGGGUCUGUUUUCCACCGAUUACUCCGAGCUCUGAGAAAAUUCAAUGGAAAUCCCGCUCAAGUGUUGCUGGUAUAAUUAUAAUGAUUCUUUUUCCCCCCUAUUAAAAUCAUCCAGUUGAAAGUCAAAUUGAGGUGAGAGAGAAUAUCAUCACCAUCAUCAUCCGAUUCAUCGCGACUAUGUAUGGAUUUUUUAGUUUUUUCUUUCCCCCCUUAGCGCCGGACUUUCUAUGAUGACAAAGUAUUUUACUAUAUUACGUGUGUUUCAUUUUUCCAUGGAUUCUCAUUUUGUAAUAACUGGGUCACCAAUUUUUAUUUUAUUCCUUAUUCACUGGUCGGGAUUCGUUCAAGACAGACAGUCCUUAUAUCGUAAGGUUUUUUUUUUCAAAUAAAAUGUUUUUUAUUACUGAAUAAAUGAAUCGGAGAUUUUGACUUGUUA